AUGCCUCAAGUCUGGCUAGUCACCGGCGCGUCCUCCGGCUUCGGUCUCGAACUCGUCAAGAUAAUCGCCGGCAAGGGUGAUUGUGUACUUGCGGCUUCGCGAACCCCCGAGAAACUAUCCUCUUUAGCCUCAGACAACGUGAAGCCUGUCCUCCUCGACCAUACUGAGCCUCUGGACCUGAUCCAAUCUGCCAUCAAGGACAUCCUAGCCAGCUAUGGCACCAUCGACACCAUCGUCAACAACGCCGCAUACGUCCAAACCGGUAUUCUCGAAGAAGUCUCACCAGAGGACUCCCUACGCCAGUUCCAAGCGAACACUCUUGGUCCCCUCAACCUCUACCGUGCCCUCCUACCACAUCUCCGCGAAAAGGGUACCGGAACUCUCGUCACCAUCGGCUCCAUGGCAGCAUGGUACCCCAUGGCAGGUUGCAACUUGUAUAACGCAUCCAAGGCUGCUCUUCGCUGGUUGGCGAUUGGACUGGCUGGUGAGGUCGCGCAGUUUGGUAUCCGUCACUGCCUAGUCGAGCCUGGAUUCUUCCGCACAGGGUUGUUGGAUCCAUCUGCCAAUAUUGCUGGGACUGAUAAGGAGAGUCGCCUUGAUGCGUAUGCGGAUUUGAAUUCAACGAUUGAGACUAACUUCGCGGCGUUUAAUGGUGCGCAGUUGGGUAAUCCUGUCAAGGGUGCUCAAAUCAUCUAUGAUGUGGUGACGUCGUCUGGAGUCGCGGCAGGAAAGGAGCUACCUGAAUUGCUUCCGUUGGGAAGUGAUGCGAGCGCUGAAAUUUCGAAGGCUGCGUUGAAGGUGCAAGCAUCAGUGGAAGAGUGGAAGGAUAUCAGUGCCCUGAGUGACAUUAAGAGUGACAUUCAGUAG